AAGAGAGCGGCGGGGGCGGCCCGCGCACCAGCCGCAGCUCCGGCUCCUCCUCGGGCCCCGCUCGCCGCGCCUCGCCGCCGCCCUCCGGCUCCUCCUCGUCGCGGACCCCGGCUCGCCGGCCCCGCUCGCCCUCAGGGCACCGCGGCCGCCGGGCCUCGCCGUCCCCGCCGCGGGGUCGCCGCGGCUCCCCGUCCCCUCCGCGCGGCCGCCGGGCCUCCCCGUCCCCGCCGCGACCCCGUCGCGUCUCCCCGUCCCCGCCGCGGGCCCGUCGCGGCUCCCCGUCGCCGCCGCGAGGCCGACGACUCUUCCCGCCGGGCCCGGCCGGUUUCCGAGGCAGCAGCCGGGGGGAGUCCCGCGCCGACUUCACCCGGGACGGCCGCGGAGACCAUCCAGGCGACAGCGGCAGCCGGAGACGCUCUCCUGGUCUGCAUUCUGACUCUUCUUUGGAACAGAGCUUAAGGAUCACUGUUGGCAAUGACCACUUCUGUGUUGGCCUACCAGAACGGAGGCGCCUUAGUGAUCGACUGGGGUCACCAGUGGAUAAUUUGGAGGACGUGGACAGGGAUGACUUGACUGAUGAUUCUGUCUUCACUCGAAGCUCCCAAUGCUCUCGAGGUCUUGAACGAUAUAUUUCCCGGGAGGAGGGCCCUCUCAGUCCCUUCUUGGGACAACUCGAUGAGGACUACCGAGCAAGAGAAACUUUCGUGCAUCGUUCUGAUUAUAGUCCCCAUAUCAGUUGUCAUGAUGAACUCUUGCGGGGAACAGAACGGAAUAGAGACAAACUGAAAGGCUCCUACUCUUUACGACCUGAGGAAAGGAGUCGGGAGGCCAAACGGCCCCGUUAUGAUGACACAGAGAAGAUACACAGCAUGGGAGGUGAUCACCCAAGUUUUACAUCAGGUACCCGAAACUAUCGACAGCGUAGACGGAGCCCAAGCCCUAGGUUUCUAGACCCUGAGUUUCGAGAACUGGACCUUGCCAGGCGAAAACGAGAGGAAGAAGAGGAGCGAAGUAGGAGUAUGAGUCAGGAGCUAGUGGGAGUUGAUGGUGGUGGCACUAGCUGUCCCAUCCCCGGAUUGUCAGGUGUCCUAACAGCAUCGGAGCCAGGAUAUUCCUUACAUCGGCCUGAGGAAGUAUCUGUGAUGCCCAAGAAGUCAAUUCUGAAGAAGCGGAUUGAGGUAGACAUGGAGCCUUCCAUGCAGCUUGAAAGUUUUUCUGGCAGUACCGGCUCCAGCCAGGAUCACUCUCUCUACUCUGGACACCCAUCUCUUCCACUAAGUGGUGCUAUUGCUGCUUUCGCCUCAGAGAUUGAAAACAACAAGGGGACUAUGGUAGAGACUACCCUGAAGGAACCUCAGGGCAACCUCUACCAAUGGGGUCCCCUCCCUGGGAUACCCAAAGACAACAGUCCUCUCAGAGAGAAGUUUGGAAGUUUUCUGUCCCACAAGGAGAAAUUAGAUAUGAAGGCUGAAGGACCUGAGCGACACACAGACUUCUUGCUGCCCCAUGAGAGAGCUAGCCAGGAUGGCAGUGGUUUUUCCCGCAUUCUGAGCAUGUUGGCAGAUUCUACCAGUACACAGGAGAAAAGGCGACGUAGCUUCCCUGACAUUGAGGAUGAGGAGAAAUUUCUCUAUGGGGACGAAGAAGAGGAUUUAAAGGCAGACUCUCCACCAAAGCCUCUUGGGGGCUCUGAGAAUGAAGUUAUGAGGCAGAAGGCAAGCUCCCUGCCCUCUUCAGCCCCAGCCGUAAAGCUAGAAUCAAUAGAAGAGACCAAUCCGGAAUAUGCCAAGAUUCAUGACUUGCUCAAGACCAUAGGGCUGGAUAUUGGUGUGGCAGAGAUUAGUAAACUGGCUGCUCGCACCCAGGAACGACUUCAUGGCAAGAAACCAUCACGUUCCUCUGCUGACCGCCGUUCCUCAGUUGACCGGCACUUUUCAGCAGACCGCUCUUCCUCAGUUGAACGCCGUUUCUCAGCUGAUCGGCGCUCCUCAGAUCCUCAUAGACUGGAGAGCAGGGAGGCACACCAUAGCAAUACCCACUCCCCAGAGGUGUCCCAUCCACACCCAGUCUCCCCUGUGGAUCCUUACCUGCUCACAAAAAAUAGCCCCCCAUUCCUAAAAUCUGACCAUCCAGUGGGUCAUAUUGCAGGACCAGAGGUGGUUGGCAGUGGGUUUCAGUCAUCUGUUGCAGUCAGGUGCAUGUUGCCAUCAGCCCCAUCUGCCCCAAUUAGACUUCCACACCCUGCUUCUUUAUCUCAGUUUCAUAUGCCAAGGACCUCUCAGUUUGCUGCAGCUCGGAUACCUCCAAAUUACCAGGGAUCUGCCAUACCCUCUGCUUCCUUUGAUGCCUAUAGGCACUACAUGGCAUAUGCAGCCUCAAGGUGGCCCAUGUACCCCACCUCUCAACCAGCAAACCACCCUCUGCCUGAACCACACAGAGUAAUGCCAGUUAGCAAACAAGCUACUCGUAGCCGUCCCAAUCUACGUGUGAUCCCCACUGUGACUCCUGAUGAGCCCAAGCAGGAUGAGUCAGUGCUAGGCUCAAUUCCUACUGCCCAAGUGCCUGUCCAGGUGUCCAUCCCAUCACUUAUAAGGUAUAAUCCGGAGAAGAUCUCUGAUGAGAAGAACCGUGCUUCCCAGAAGCAGAAGGUUAUUGAAGAGAUGGAAAAACUAAAGAGUGACCGAGAAGCUCGCCAGAAGAAGAUGUACUAUCUCAGGACCGAGUUGGAGCGGCUUCAUAAACAACAAGGGGAAAUGCUGCGCAAGAAACGAAGGGAGAAGGAUGGCCACAAAGACCCACUCCUGGUGGAGGUGAGUCGGCUUCAGGAUAACAUUGUGAAGGACAUGGCAGAACUUCGACAAGAAGCAGAAGAAGCAGAAAAGAAGCAAUCUGAACUGGACAAAGUCGCUCAGAUCUUGGGAAUUAACGUUUUAGAUAAAUCUCAGAAGUCUUCAAAUGACAGUAAAGAGGCUACAGAGAAGCCUGGGAAAGCAGAAAAAUCUAAGAGCCCAGAAAAAGUGUCAUCCUCCUCAAACUCCUCUUCCAACAGCAAGGAAUCAAAGAUAAACAAUGAGAAUUCCCGUACUAAAAGCCCCAAGCCUGCCGAGAGCCCCCAGCCAGCUGUUAAGCAAUCUGAUCAGCCCAUUGCUGCCUAUGAGUAUUAUGAUGCUGGCAAUCACUGGUGCAAGGACUGCAACACCAUCUGUGGGACCAUGUUUGACUUCUUCACCCAUAUGCACAAUAAGAAACACACACAGGAGUGGUUUCAGAAGUCUUCAGAUUUCCAGAAGGAAGAACUACAGAAGACAUCUCUGCCCCAGGGAGGCAGGAUAGAAGCCACAGAGGCCAGGGGCCAUUAGACAGUCACCUCUAGGGUCUGAGUUCCAGAAGCUUGGAGGAAGAAGAGAGAAAGGCCAGUCAUUUUGGAGUUGGAAAGAGGCUGGAACUUGACUCCUGAUUCUGUGACCUUGAGCUUCAUAGAGGAACUGAAAGACUCUUCUAUAGGAAGGUAAGUAUUUGCAUUUAUCUGAAUUCAUAAGAUUAAGCUGUUUUAGUCUCAUUAACAUAGUCUUAUGACCUGGAAGGACUAUUCUCAUAUAUUGUAAAAAAUUACCCCCCAGACCUUAGUAAGAAGAUGAGGAAGUUACUGGUAGUUUUCACCAGGGAACAUUGUCACCAGCUAUCAGAUUUACAAGCAAGCUGCCCACCAAGUUUCACUCCUCUCUUUUUCUUCUCAAUUUCCAGCUUAUGGAUACAUUUUUCAUGCUGCAGAUUAUCUUGAGGUAGUUACUUUUAUAUAUUUUAAGAUGAAAUACGCAUUUCCAAGUGAUACUGGAGAAGUCAAAUCCAUCUUUGCAAGGAAAACCAUCAUUUAAAGCUGUUGUUGAUUUCUCAUAGGUUGAAGGCAGCCAUGGCGAAGGGUCAGGGGGUCUCCUCCGGCAGUCUUGACUCUGAAUUAGUCCAGCUGAUACCACUGAAUCACAAAAUGGUAGCCCACUCAAUAGCCCCAAGCAGCCAUAUACAGAGUGCUCUCACCAGGUUCAUGUGAUGGCGAGUUGAUGCUGGAAAACAAGGGAAAAAACCAAAUAGACUCUUGCAAGAGCCAUAAAUAAUGUGUGAUUACACAGCAGCAGUUCUCUACAGGUGAGAAGAUUAGUGUGUUUUUAAGAAUGCAUUUCAGUCUGUUUUUAUUUUGUGUGUAUGUUCUAUUUUUACUUUUGGGGGUUUUUUAGUAAUAUAAACCACAAAAAGUAAAGCUUGAGAAAACACAAGGGUUAUGGCUAA